GUCAAGGGAACACAGAAGUUAGAAAUCAUGGCGGAGCGCAGGAGACACAAGAAGCGAAUUCAGGAGGUCAGUGAACCCACCAAGGAUGAUAAGGCGGUGGCCAAGUACCUGCGCUUUAACUGCCCAAACAAAUCCACCAACAUGAUGGGACAUCGAGUGGAUUACUUUAUUGCUUCCAAAGCAGUGGACUGUCUGCUCGAUUCAAAAUGGGCCAAAGCUAAGAAGGGCGAGGAUGCUUUGUUUACAACCAGAGAGUCAGUGGUGGACUACUGCAACAGGCUUCUAAAGAAGCAGUUUUUCCACCGAGCUCUGAAAGUGAUGAAGAAGCAGCCAGAGAAAGAUGUCAAGAAAGAAAAGGAGAAAGAAAAAGAGAAGGCUAAAAGUGACAGUGGCAAGGAAGAGGAGAAAAAGGGCAAAAAGGAAAAAGACAAAAAGAAGGAACCUGAAGCAGACACAAAGAAGGACAAAAAUGAUGACAGUCCAGGAUCUCCAAAGAAGAAGAAGGAUGUGAAAAAGAAGUUCAAGCUAAAACCUCAUGAGGACCAACUGUUCUUGGAUGGAAAUGAGGUGUAUUUUUGGGUUUACGAUCCAGUCCAUUUUAAAACCUUUGCCAUGGGAUUGAUACUAGUCAUUGCCGUUAUUGCAGCCACUCUUUUCCCACUGUGGCCCGCUGAGAUGAGAGUUGGUGUGUACUACCUGAGUGUGGCAGCAGGAUGCUUUGUCGCCAGUAUACUUCUACUGGCUGUUGCUCGCUGCAUCCUGUUUCUGAUCAUCUGGUUGGUGACCGGUGGGCGUCACCACUUCUGGUUCCUACCGAACUUGACUGCAGACGUAGGCUUUAUCGACUCAUUCCGGCCUCUAUACACGCACGAGUACAAGGGUCCACGCUCCGGUUUAAAGAAAUCAGGAAGCGAGAAAUCAGUAAACAAGGGUGCAGAUUCCACCAAAGCGCAGAAAUCAGACAGCGAGGAUAAAUCAGACAGCGAGAAGAAAGACUGCGAGGAGGAAGAGGAUGAGGAAGACAAUAAGGAAGCGGUUGACGGCGCAGAACGUCAAUCAGACUCAGACAGUGACAGACGAGAGGAUGAAGGAUCGCAGCACAGCAACGGCAACGAUUUUGAAAUGAUUACCAGAGAAGAGCUGGAACAGCACACAGAGGAGGAAGAAGAAGAGCAGGAGGAGGAAGAGCAAAGUGACACAAAGCCCUUGACUGUUAAGACAUAAACGUUUGGCCUCGCGCCGUGCACACAUACUUCCAUGCUCCAUGUGGACCUGCUGAUGUACUUCUGUCAUGUUCAGGAGACGUUUCCCAUUUCUGUUCCAGCUGAGAUAUUCCUCUAUGAAAACAGACAGGCUUAUAGGUUAAACGAGAGCAGAAAACGGCUACGAUGACAGUGGAAAUCACUGAAGCAAAGGCUGUUUUGUUUCACUGAAUAUGUUUCCCCGCUAUGGAUGCAAGCAAACACAUUUGGAUCAUGUAUGUCUCCCAAAAUAACUGGUUUACACCAAAACUUUUCCCGUUUUCUCUACUUUUUAUUGUGUUAAUGUUAUCUAACGUUGAGGCAUUUUGUUUUAUAAGCAUGUUGGUAGUGUUAAGUGUUCAAGAAGGACUAGAUAGGUGAGCUUUCAGAAUGGUCUUUAACCCACAUAAAGGUUCACUCAUCAGUCAGAACAGUUAAGACCUGAAGAUUUAAUAUUCCAUGUUGGCAAUUAUUUAUUCUUUACUUUUCUUUUUACCAACUGUAAAGAUCAAUUGGAUGAUUUGAACAGACCAACAUUUUGCCACAUGACCUGCAACACUUUUCUGUGGAACUCUGGGAGAUCUUCCUUGGUUUGGGAGGCAGAUGUAUUUCUGUGCACUUGCCACACGGUCUAUUGCAAUUUGCAAUCAAACUUUGAGAUCCUAGCGAGAAAUGGUCCUUGUUAACAGAAUCGUAAAGAGAAGUUGUAAAACAUUUAAAGCAUCCCAGUUGAGUCUUAUCAGUGAUCAUUUGGACUGCAUUCAGAAGAGGAAACUACACCCACAUUUGUGCCAAAUUAUGCAGAUAUUGAUGCUAAGUCACAACACUUUUAUUAGCUGCCAGUUAUAGUUCAAACAUGUCAUGUCAUACCUUGUACAGUAUGUCCCCAUAACUUUUAAACAGAUAUUUCUCCCAAAAAUUAUAAUUCGUUCAUCAUUUACUCACCCUCACAUUGUUCCAAAAAUAUAUGAAUUUCUUCCACGGAACACAAAAGGAGUAGUUAGGAAAAUCUGGAAAAAUUGUUUGCCAGAAUACAUUUUUUUGGAGUGAACUAUCCUUUUACUAUAGCAACUAACUGAUUACAUUUUUCAAUGAAUUGCAUCAUAACUUCUGUUUAAUCAUACAUGGUACUACUUCCCAUCCGGUGUACUAACUCCUAAGACAAGUCUUACCCGAGGGGCUGUGGUCCAAAAUAGCCUGUUAGGUACUUGGUUUGCAUUCUAAUAGGGGCUGAGGUCCAAUACUAUCCUUGCAUAGGGUUGAAUCCUAUUGGCUAUAGUAUUAUUUUACUUUAGCUGUUUCUUUUACUCAUACUGAGGAUGAUAUUUAAGAGAUGAAAUACAAAUGUAUAAUUUUUAUAUGGAUUCUAUAAAUCUACCAGAUAUAUUAAUGCCAGCAGUUCAGGUGGUGAUUAACUCUGUUUACCAUGAAUAUUUUAUUUUUUUCUUCUUCUUUUUUUUUCAUGUCAGAAACGCAGGUUUUGCAUUUCAGAGUGUUUUAUACAAAAAUUCUAAUCACCAAUAAAUGUUUUUCAUGCUGAAGAAUUUGGAAAGAUUGUUUCUGAACAAUUUAUUGGAUUUAGGAUACAGGAAACAUUUUAUUGCUGCUUUAUUUUGUGGUUUCCUAACGCAUGGACUGUUGGUGUUUAUCACAUGCGUAAAAGAGAGUAGGAACACUUUGUUUUCCCUAUAUAACAAAAUGAGAAGCAUCCCUUAAAAUACAUGGUAGUCUCAAGUUCAACAGGAGCAUGGAACGCCUUUUGCUCCAGUGAAGAUCUCAAUCUUUAUUUUUGAAAUGGUAUGAAUCUUAAACCAUGUCUCUUAAGUAGAUGAUCUUGUCAGUCAAACCCCUGGAGGUGUUCCUAAAUAAAUAGUAUGUAUGUUCUCAAUAUUCUUCGUUAUUGACGUUAAAGACCUGGAUAGACUGGGCAUGACCUGACACUAACAUGGCAUAAUUAGUUUUGCAUAUACUUUUUUUCCCCCUCUUUUUCUGUUCCGUUGUCGCUAUGAGCAGCAAAGAUGUUUGUUUUUUUUUAUUGGCAGAAAAUUGUCACGUUAUUUGGUGUUGCAGCACAGUGUCAGUCUGUUAUAUACAAGUGGAGUGUUAAAACAUGCUGCGUUGCAGCAUAUUUCUAAAGAGGAAGUCACAUUAUCUUUAAUUUUUUUUAUCUGGUUUAUCGUGUCUUCAACUAAUUAAUUGUCUGUAUUUGGAUCAAUAUUGAGGACUGUCUUUUUUUGCAAUAUCUGGAGUAUAAUUUAAGUGUCUGUUAAAAGUAUAUCUGUAUCUUUUCAUUCCAAUAAAAAUAUAGAAUGCAGGCUAUAUGCAUUGUU